AUGUCGAGCCGUUCGGGUGAUUCGCUUGAACCCCUAUUCUUUUAUGAAACAAGCCGUGCGGAUGCCGCAGCGGGGAGCAUGACGGGAUCCUCUGAGGCAUCUGUUUUGCCGAGCCCUUCCAAAAAUUCUGCCGAGGCUCACGAUGUGUUGAAUUCUCCGAGCCCUUUAGGCACUUGUUCCGUUAAUAACGAGGCGUCUGCUUCGACGAGUGGUCAUCGAGGUCCUGUCGACCAAGAAGAGGUUGAUUAUGCCAUGGUUAAGGCUGAGGAAGAAAUUUUUCCUUUCGACCCGGUUGAGGCGAGGCUCGAAUUAGAGCGGCUUAUGGCAUCACGAGGCACCUCUUCUUCUGGAAAGGGAAAACCUAAACGGGUAAAAAGGCAAAAACCCGAUCCCCCCGGUUCUUCACUCUCUUCCCUCGACUCGCUCGAGGCGUUGCGCCAUCGUUUUAGAAUAUCCAAAGCGGUUGAAUUUAUCGUUCCAGAGAAGAGUGACCGAGCCGACAAGCCUCCCGAAAACCAUUUCACCUUAUACGAGGCGUUUUUCGAGCUCUGCUUCCUAUGGUUCCCAAUCCCUAGAGUUAUCCUCGAAUACUUGUGGGAGCAUAAGAUUUUGAUCGGGCAGAUUAUGCCGAGGGGUUUGCGACAUAUGAUCGGCAUCCUGGUGAAUGAGGCGUCGGUGGGCGAGGAUUUUGUAAAUAAGAUGAAGACCGUUUGGGGACCACUUGUUCAGAGUUUUCUUCCUCCUGUUUCCGACGACUUUUUCUCUGUUCGAGAUACUCUUGCGGCUCGGAAGGUUAACUGGAGAAAGCAUUUUUCUUUCGAGAGGGUAGAAAGAGCCCGAGCUAUCUUCGCCGGGGUAUCCAUCAGUUCCUCUUCAUCAAAUUCAUCAGGAGACACGCGAGAGAAAAUGGUGAUCAUUACGCUCAGGGAUAAGAAGCAACGCGAAGCCGAGGAGAUUGCUAGGAGAGCUGAACGAGCAGCUCUUGCAGAGACCGAGGCGGUACCUCGGGAUAACCCGCCAAGGCAUGAGGGGGACGAAGUCGCCCGAGCUGCUGAUGAGAUUGCUCCCAAGGCGACGACGCAGGAGGCAGCGCCCGAGGUGGAGCCAGGCCAGAUUGUUCCCGACACGUCUGGAGAAAAUUUCGCGGCUCGGGAUAAAACGCCGCUUACCUCGGCAAUUCUGGCUCUUCUGAAACAAUCGAGGCCACCGGCUUCAGAUCUGCUGAAGCAUAAUUCCAGCAGGAAGAGAUCGGCUAUUGAAAAGGGUAAGGGUGUGGCCAUCCAAAAAGACGAGCCAUCCAAAAAGAAACGUAAAUCCUAUGCGAGCCCGCAUCUCGUAAGCUGGUAA